GUUUCUUUGUUACUUUUUUUCUUCUUUUUAUCCUAAUCCACAGAGUCUGGUACUCGCCCCAAACACACACACAGCCACCCUAAUCCAACCCCCAGCAACAUCAAACUUAAUUCAGCUCUACUUGCUCGCCCGAGUACACUUACCCUUCAAACUAAUACUCGUCUACUCGACAAACACCAAAAAAAAUGGCCGCUAUCCAGCUUAACUUCUCUCUCCGCACCUCUGCCAACUGCAAGACGGUCCACCUGCUCGGUUCUUGGGACAACUACAACGGUCAGCUGCCCCUUUCCAAGGACUCCAGCAAGCCCGGCGCAUGGAAGGGUGCCUUCCGCUUCCAGGGCCAGACUCUCAAGCAAGGCCAGCGCUACUGGUACUACUACAUCAUCGACGGCUACCACGUCUCGCACGACCCCGCCCGCGAGUUCACCACCGAGCCCACGACUGGCCGCAAGCUCAACAUCCUCGACAUCCCCGCGGGCCGCACCGCCACCGUUCCCGCCGCUGAGAACCGCCACUCGCGCCGCAUGUCGCAGGACGUCGUCAAGGGCCGCUCGCUCUCGCCGUCGCAGAUCAAGUCUCCCCGCCCCGUCAAGCCCAACCAGACCCGCUCCAUCGUCAACGGUGCCUACGAGCCCGCCACCGUUGAGGCGUUGACCUCGCGCUUCAGCCGCACCGCCAUCGACGAUGACGACGAGACCGACUCCGACUACGACAGCGACGCCGACUCUGACGUUCCCUCGCUCACGUCGCGUAGCUCCAACUCCUCUAGCCCGUCGUCGGUCAGCUCGUCUUCUUCCUGCUGCACCUGCGAGCGCUACGGCAUCACUCGCGCCGGCGAGCGCGUCAAGCUCGACUGUGGCGGUGCUCGCUGCAGCUACUCCGACGACUCGUCCGAGUGCUCUUCCGAGGACGAGGAGUACCACCGCGCCCGCACGACCCGCCGCCAGGGCGUCGUCAUCCGUGGCUAAGUGCUUCGCCCCCGUCAAGCUUCAGCCUCGUCGCUGUAGUGCUCACUCAACCCUAAUGAUGUCGUCACGGCCGCCUUGUUGUGCGAUAGAGACGCGUUUGAUGAUGAUGCUUACGAAUCCGUCACGACGCCUCGUCUCGUCAUGGUUCUCUUGGUCCGCGGAGACGCUGCAGCUCGUUACUUGAGCAUGCCGUCUGGACUGUAGAAACUUUUAAUACACUUCCCCUGUCCGCCUUGCCCGUUCUUACAUUGGCUAGCAACCACGGCUGCGCGAGAGUUAUUACAUUUUUUUGGUCCGU